CAGUAUCAUGUAGAUCUUCAAGCUUGGGAGCAAUCUUUUUAGCUCAGAUGUUCCUGAUGUGGGAUGGGGGGAGUUGCGGUGGGGACAUGGUGAAGGCUGACAUAAGCCAAACCGAGCCAGCCCAGUUUCCCCGAGAGCUCCAGCGGAAACAAUCAUCGUCAAUUACUCACUCCCAACCAUCCAUUGCGACUCCAUCUCCCCCUCAAUCCCUCUAUACCUCACCAAUACCGCCAUCAUGGUUGCCAUGUACACAAUUGCAGGCCGUCAGGUCGGAUCGCACGUCCUUGCCAUGGCCACCCUCGGCACGACAUUCCUCGGUGCCUACGUCUCGAUGAGCGGCGGCAGCAAGGCCGACACCAAGAACCCUCCAAUCAACGCCAAGACCAAGGAGGAGGAGAGCUUCGUAAAAAGCUUUAUCCAGAAAGCCGAGGGCGAGAAGAAGCAUUAAGGACGUCAGCGAUUGCGUUCCGAAUGAAAUUUUGAGGGUGCGGCAAUACGGAGAAACUUUGGGUAGGAGGGAAGCGCUGCUUUGAGCGGAGGAGCUCGCGAUUCGGGCAGGAGUUGGACGCACAGGCAUAGAAAACUGUAGAUACAGCGUCAAAUGUAACAACAGCCUGAAAAAAUAUCACCCAUACACC